AUGGCUUCCAAAGUAAAAGAUGCUGUGGUGUGGUACCAGAAAAAGGUAAGAUUUGGCUCUUUUUCUUACAUUUGCAUGCUGCUGGUUUUCUGAGUGUCACAGAGGGAGGAAAGUCAUAAACUUAAUUUAAAUGUCUUUGCUGGAUGAAGGUUUUUAUUUGACAAAUCUAAAAGGCUGACUUGACACGGCUGCAUUUGCUCAACAAUAUUUCAGCUCAGCAUUGUAUGAGUUUGAGGACAGCAGAGUGCUGCCACACACUCUGUGGUUUUUAAUCUAUUAAACAGUCUGUACCCUGUGGAUGAUCAUCACCCUGUGAACUCUGUGGAGAUAAAAAUCGAAAACACAACAUAAUGAUACCUGAAGAUAAAGAUGCUUUGAUGUAGAAUUGAGUCUAGAUGUGAGAAACAUUUGCCCGGUUGUUAUUUCAUAUGAUUUUUCACUAUAAUAUCUGUAAAUAUGUGAUCAUCGCUUGUGAAGAGUUUAUAUCUGGUUAUUUUAGAACAUACUGACCUCAAUACUGGUGUCUCUGUACUACCCACAAAGCAAACCAACACAUCUGUGACAAUUUCUUUAUUGGUUCCUGUUUGUAAAGCUGCAGAUGAAAUGUUUUUAUCUUAACAACCACAUGGAGUUACAUGCAAGAUCAGAAAAAAGCUAAGAGGUCAUGUUUGUCCUCAAAAGUUGCUUUAAAAACAUCACCCUCACACUUUGAAUAUGUGAAUCACUUGACUGCAAAGUGUCCUUCAGUUUGAAACACUUGACUGUCAGAAACUUUGCAUUGAUUUUGGUGGCCCCUCUUUACAGAGUGGUACUGCUGCCUCGUAUCUCUAUGUUGAUAAUGUCCUGUACAUGUAUGUUCUGUGUUUUCUGACAAAACAAAAAAAUCUCACCCUUUUGUUACUGUGAAUGUUUGCUGCGGAGAAACAGAGAAAAAUCAUCUUUCUUUAGCUGGUAAUCACCUCUUCUAACACUGACCAACCCACAAUGGUUACAGGCAUCGAAAGGGUUAAAAAAAUAACUUCUCAGCCUUGUGGAGAUAAGUUUUGCCGGCCAGCAUUCUUCAUUACAGUCUGUUUCAUAACCAGCUCAAAACUCCUGACAGGAUCUUGGAUGUUUUCCCAGGUAAACCACAGAUAAACAAAUUAUUAUUCUUACUGAAUGUAUCCAGUAAUUUGGAGGUGUUGCUCAAUAAUCAACUUUGUUUUGUACUGAGAAGUCCGCAACCAAACAUUCAUAAGCAGGACAAAUGAAGCCGCAGCUUCAGCAGGUUGUUGCUCUAUAGGAUCUGAUAAUGAUUACAGUCACCAGACAAAGGUUUUCUGAUCAGGAUGUUUGAUGAUAUUAUUUAUUUUACCAGGAAAAGUUCCCAUUAAGAUAUAAAAUCUCUUAUAUGAGGCUAAGAUGUCAGCAUAAAAAGCUCAGCGUUCAAGUCCUGAAAUAUUUGCAUCAAACAAGCGUCAGCUUAGCGCUGCAGCUCUUAAACUAAAAUCAUCUCAGCUGUGAGAACUAAGCUGUUCGAAUUAGGAGAUGUUCAGGUAUCUGAGCGUGCAGACUGUUUUUGAUACACACUGUUUUGGCUCUGUUCACAGCCUGGUGUUGUGUGUCUUCUUGUUCCAUAGUCUCAGAUAUCAGAUCCUCUGCUGGACUCCAGCUCCACUCCCCCCCUGCAGCUCUCAGCUUACACACUCGUCUGCCUCUCAGGGCUGUGUGUUUGUCUCGUCUUUGACCACCUCUGCCUGUCUUUACUGCAACCUGUCUCCCUCAGUAUCUGUCUUUUUUUGUCUUCCAUCUGUCUUUCAUGUCAUUACAACCUGUCUCAGUCUCUGUUUCUGUCUCUCUGAUCUUCUGCUUGCACCUGGCAGAUGUAUCAUCAGCGUGAGCUUUCACUGGAAUCACAUCACUCUGAAGAUGACUCAUAUGACAAGUUAGAAACUUAAUGAAAGGUCUGAGAGCUGCAGGCUGACUUACACAAACAACUUCUGUCUAAUGAGCAUCUUCCUAACUUUGUUCUAUCUUGUAGCCGUUAAACUAAUCCUGAAAUUAAUGAAAGACAACAUCAAAAUGAUAUCUGAUCCUAAGUUAGCUUUUCUUUUUUGGUCUAGAGAUCCAAAAGUUUGGACAAAAAGUGGAUUAGCAGCAGCCAAAUCAUUUGUUCUUUCCGUAAUUUAAACUUUAUAGCUCUAUUGUUGUCUGUAGAUUUACAUAAGUGUGUGUGUGUGUGUCUCCAGCCGGGCUUGUCUGGGCAGACACACACCAGUGACGACAAGCAUUGAGUCAUGAAUGAAUAUAGCCAUUUUCAAGGAGCAGAUCACACCUGUCUGACUGCCCUCCGGGCCCCUUAAUCUCUGACGUUACCUUUCCACGACUUAAGCGUUUUCCUCUCUCAUUUGGCUGAAUGUCAAGAGAAAAAGCACCUAUUCAGUCACAGAUAUGUUCCCGACAAACAGGGCUUUGUUGGUCAAAAGGGCGAUUUCUUUUGCCUCCAAUGAUUCAAAUAUUAUCUUCAUCCGGGUUCAGAGGACAGCCAAUAUCAGGGUGCACGUGCAAGCACUGGAGGCCAAACGUAGGUUCAGUGCAGCGAUUACAUCCCAUUAAAUUUAGCCUCAGCUUAGCGUAAUACCAAACAACAGACUAUCUCAAGCCCUCUUGUAUUUUUAGUAAGUGCUUUGAAAUCUAGCCAAUCAAACAAACAAGCACUGCCCUCAGGACACUCUUCAGGUAUGUGUGCAUGAUGUGUGUAUUUUUAAGCAAGCUCAUCGCUGCUUAGGAGCCGAUCAGGAGAGAAACCCUGCUGUGUGUGGAGCUUUGUCUUGUAUAAGUGCAAGACUAUCACCAUUUAUGUUUUUGUUGUACUCUAAGUCAAGUGUUACAGUGAAACAGAGCAGCUUAUAAGUCUGUUUUUCCUGAAUUGUGUUCAUAGCCCGUUAUAGUCUAGAACGUAAAAGAGUAUUUUAGGUAUUUUCCAAAGUGACCAGCUUUCUAAAAAAAGCCCCUUUUUUGUUGACGCUGCAAUAACAUACACAAGCUUACCACCACAGUCCUAGAUUGGUGCCAGGUGUCUCAAAAACCAUGAUGGUAAAGGGUAACUUUCCGUGCGUCUACAGACCACAUCAGUGGACGAGGAAACUUUUUUAUUUUUGAUGAAGUUUGGGUGAUUUUACAUAAUAGGGCUGACACUUAUGAAGUUAUGUGUCCACUUUUAAUGUUCAUAACUACAAAAAUCUUAAGUGUUGGCAUGUACAAUGUAAGUGAGACAAAAGAGUUUUUUUCCCCAGCAUUUUACCAGAAAGACAGCAGAGUACAUAAAAAUAUCUGUAAUAACCUUCCUUAAAAAGAGAAAAAAACUGCUGAAAAGAGGUCCAGAUUUUCCAACAUGUCCCUGAAGCUCACAUUGCCACCCUGGGCUCUUUCCCCCGGCAGGCAGCAGGCAUGACGCAUACUUAUUUCCGUCUGUGCCAUGUCUGCAGACACUCUGCAAAUAGACUCUCAGUUAUGUUUGUAUGCAAGCUGCUUUUUCAGUCUCAGCACAGUGUCAUGCCAAAGCACAUGUAGCUGUGGAGUCUAUGUCUGUCAGACUCAACUUCCUGGUUCUAUUUUCUGUAAAGUCUGACACUUUGAGCUCACUUUUGCCCAGUUGGAAGCAAGCUGCCAGCUACUUUUGGCAUGUCAGUGAAAUAUUUGAACUUAGAAAGGUGUACGGUUGUAAAUCAGCUUAUUGCUUAUGUGUUUGCUGGCUUCAAGGUCUAUUUUAAGACCAGUAACACACUUCUUGUCCUCGGUAUGUGGGUGAGAUUUGUGGAUUUUCACGUCUUUACAGUUUCAGCAAGGUUCCAUACAAAAGACAUGGCUAUUUUUGAAGUAGAGCGCAACAAAUAAUAACUAAUAUUUAUGUCUUAUUUAUUCAUUUUAAAUCACAAUUUUCCACAGUUAUAUAGCAAAAAGAUCAGCUAAGUUAAGAUCCCCUUAUUUCUGGCACUUUUUCGGCAACAGUAACACAAAUUAAAAUACCAGAGUUGAUCAUUUUUCUAUUUAAAUUUGAUUUUACAUCAAAUAUUUUUGAGUCUUUAAUGCGUCAGUAACAUACUUGAUAAUACUAAUACCUUUGUUGUCAUUUUUAAGCAACAAAAGGUAAUCAUCCUGUUACAGUGUUAUGGGUAAAAAAAAGUAUUUUUCUUUGUUUCAGCUGGUAUAAGAUUUGAUGUGUAAGUUUUGCAUUACGUUCAAACAGAAGAUAUUUCAACAUGUCCCCAUGAGUUCUCAAAAAUAAGAUUUUUCCAAAUCCUACUUUCCAAGACUGGAACUAGAGCAAGAUGAAAAUACAUUGGUGUUUUAAAAUAAUCAUUAGUUAGACCCCUAAACUUAAUGUUAAAACACCUUCACCUGUGCGAAAUUUCACGGAACUGCCCUUUAGUUCUCUUUGAACUUUAGCAGGCAGGGAGUGCAAAAUCUCUGCACACACUUGAUGAAUAGCUUGUGUGUGUUUCUGGCUGCCAAGCACAGAUUCUCCCAUCUGUUGUGCAAACACACACACAUACACAUACACAUACACACUCUACAGGAACACCUCUGUUUGUUUCCAUGGUGACACCUGAAAACAUAGUCGAGGGGUUAAUCCAAACGCUACAACCAGCUGUCCAACACAGACUCUUCUUCUGAUAUAGCUGCAGUUUGAAUGAGGAGAUGAUAUUUUCAAUGGUCAGAUAUGUAUAAAGAACUUCUAAUAAGAUUUACACAAACUAUCAUCAUCUGUUUUGUGCUUUUUGGUUAAAUUAUUAAAUGAUAAAUAACAAUAAAAUUAAUUUAAAUGUUUAAAAUAAAGGUUAGGGUUUGGGGCUUUGAUUGAAGAAUCAAGUUUAUGGACAAUAGAAAUGAUGAUAAUUUCAAGUUUUUAUGGAUUAACAAAGUUGUUCAUGUGUUUUAAUUUUGGGUUUAGUCUGAAAUUUUCUUUCAUUGCACAUGAUACUGAGACUAACCUAUUUUAACACACUCUGCAGACCAUGUGUCAGUUUGCUCUGCUGCUGGUUAAUCAGUGUUUGUCAAAGCUGACCACACCUGCAGACGUAUGUAAAUAGUCACUUUCCUCAAACAGGUGAGAUGGUUUUAAACACAGACAGUUCACAGUGGAGACGACCGAGGCUCUGGAGAGAAGCCGUUAAUGCAGAUGAAUGAACUGAAGUGUUAGUGUGUGUUAUACAAAAUAGAGUAGCCGCAAAUUUUUCAUUUUUGAAGCAGGAAAAAGCGAAAAAUCAGGAAUCUGUGUUGGUGAAGAGUCUCUUACUCAGGUUGAUACAUCAAAGACUCUUCUUAAAGGUGCGUUUGUGUUUGAGGCAGCAGAAAUAAGCUGUUUACACAUUAUACAAUCUCCUUCAAAUGGUUUACACAGAAAGAUUUUUAAAGCAAGUCUGUCCAAACAUUCAGCAGUUUCAGGGCAAAGCUCCUGAGCCUGUGUGUGGUCAGUGUAAGUUGUGAGUCAUUUUAGCUGAAAGAGGCUAAAACACCCCACAGUGCUGAGAGGAGCUGAAGAGAUUGGCAAAAACUUUCUGCCUGUUUGUUAUUGAAACCCACUGUGAAGGUUUUAAACAUUUCUCUCCACAAAGAUGACACUGCAGACACACUGCUUUGUCCAAAUUUGCCAAACUGAAGGUUCCCUGUAGUGCUUUCAGAGUGCAUCCCUCAAAUCACACAGUUACUAAAAACUGUAGAUAUGAAAAUAACAAUUCGAGUAGGACUGUUGACAGAAGACCUGAUAAAGACCUGAGUAGGUGGAAAUGGCGUGGACAUUUUUAUAUAUAUUUUGGACAGCAAAAUGAACAAAAUGAAGGUGUUUUAAUUCCACAGAACACCUGAAAAACUGUUGAAGAAAAGUUUCCCUUUUCAGUAUAACCUCUGUAAUCCUAAAAGGCUGAUUAUGUUCAUCUUGCGCACUUGUGCACAAGAAACUUAUCUUGAAUGCACAAUUGCAAAUUCCUCUGUGUGCAAAAGUUAGCUUGUACAGAAAAUGAUCUUGUGCACAAAAGUUAUUACGAAUGACAAAUGAUGAAAAAGGGAAUUAAGCAGCUGCUGCAUUUGCACAAAUUAUGCAUACAAGGUAGAAAUGAACACUUUGUUGGACUGGAGCGGGUCCAUUGUUUUCACCCUGUUUAAACUGAGUUUAUGUUUCAUCCAUGCAGCUUCCCCUCUGAAAAUAAUUGAAGCACAGAAAGCCUGAAGUAUCCAAAGUGCACCAGUAUGUGAGGAACACAGACCCUGUAGAGCUUCUACUGUAGCAUGUUGAGCCAUGGCAUACGAGUUUAGAAAGAAAUCAUUCUGCUCAAUUAUUUGAUCACUUGAAGCCUUUUGUUGAAACUCGAGCACACUCAGGGUCUUUACAGAUAGCAGAGAAACAGCCUCAAACGAAUACUAGUAUAGAUUAUCCACCACAUGUAUGUCAAUGAAUUAAACUCUGUGGGUAUCUGUGCGCUCUAGACACUUAAUCCCCCUCCAUAUCACUUUAGUCCAGCAUCUCUUUAUCUCUGUGUGUGUGCGUCUAUGUGUAGAAACUCCUUUACCACUGCAGAGGAGGUUGUUACAUAAGUCUUUAGCUUCACCACAUAAUCCCUUAUCCCUCCCUCCCUCUCACUCUCUCUCCAUCCGUCGUCAUGGUGACCCCAGCACUGCCGCAGCGGCACACUUGGCAUCAUCGUCUUUCCUCAUGGUGCUCUCUUACUGCUUGAUUUGCUUUUCAAAUCACUUAAGUCUGACUCCUCUGAGUGAUAUCAACGCAGACAUAACCCAAGACUCUAAAAACCUGUCUAUUACAAAUGCAAACUUUCAAUAUAUGUAUGAACGUUUUUAUCAUUCACAGUAUCAUUUGGAUAAACAAAAAGUGUUUAUUGCCUGAUUACUCGUUUACUUUGAAAAGAGGGGAUCAUAUUAGAUGAUGAGUCUGUGUUUAUGUGCAGAUAAGAGGAUUUCCAAAGCUGUUAAAUCCACUCUGUCACCUUGUUACUUCAUGAUGUAACGAGGGUUGCGUGUCGAUGUGCGAGUAUGUGUGUGAGAAACAUCCCUCUCUCCAUACCUGUUCCUCCCCUUUAUCUCCUCUCUUUCCUGCUUUAUCUGUCUGCUCUACAGUCUGGUCAUGUUCGCCCUCUGGCUGUCCUUCGCAUACAUUCCCAUCAUCCUCUCCUAUCUGUGAAAGUGGGCGCGUGUAUUUUAAUAGGUAGAGUGAUGUGGAAAAUUAGCUGUCAGCCCCAAUGUCACAGCAAACCAGACGUCAGAUUUAAUGCCAUUCAUCGCCUAGAUUAAAGUGUUUGUUCUUGACUGGUGGAGCCUCGGCUGCAUUUUGUUAGUAAGUCACAGUCAAAUCAGGAAGUUAAACAAACUGGAUUUUGAUUUAUUUUGAUUUGAAUAAGGAGAGGAGUUAUUUAAAUGCAUUAUUAGAGCUUGAAGGGAAAAAUAUCUUCUGCAAAGCAUAGAAGAAGUAUGUUCCUCCCAUGUUUAUUCAAGCAUCUUCAAGGCUUCUUUUGCCCAGUGGUCUUUAAAUUGUUGAGCUGUAAGAUUACACUGGUUGUGAAUCAGAUAGAAAUGAAUAUUGAUCACUCUUUAUGACCUGUAGAAGCAAACAAAACCAUGACUGAUAUUUUUAAUUAAAGCUCAAACCUUUAAUAUCUGUGAAGGGGUCAGUGUUGGAUCAAAUGAUUGACGGACAAAACCUUUCUUUACAUUUGCGACAGUAAGAGUUACGAUGAGUGAUUCAUUAGAUUGUUAAAAUAAAACAGAAAUCUCUUCACAGCAGCUUUCAAAUGCGUGUUUCAGGGGAUUUGAAGCUCCUGUCAGGGGUUUUAAGUCGGUUAUGAAACAGACAGAAAUAAGGUUUACGGCAUCCCUGUGACCAACAAAAGCAAACAAGACUGUCAUCAUGAAUAUAGACUGUUCAAUGAUAUGCAUAGAUGUCAGAAAUACCUAGAUCGUUCAUCACAGUGCUCUCUAACAUUGUUGAAUAAUUUAAAGCUACUUUCUCUCCAGUCUGUGUGUAUUUUUACAGUGACUUCAGUCAUGUAGUGUAGACUGGAUUUUAAAUUGGGUAAAAAUCUAUGGGAAUGAAUCCGCUUUUCUUUCUCAGCCCUAGUUAUGAUAAAACAGGUUUAGAAUUUUUUUGUUAGCAAUCACUUCUUGAACAUGUUAAGACAAAAAAAUAAGCAGAGAUAAAAGGUCUAACCUAAUUCACUAGUCGAACACAAGUACAUGAUCUUGUGGGAAGCGGCACAUAACAGCCUGAAAAAAUCAGGGCGAAGGAGUCGUAAAGUCUGUAUUUACAAAUUAAAGCAAAGCAUAGACAGACUAUUUCAGUGGAAAUUAAAGGCUGAAAGUUGUGUAAGAAGAACUUUAUUUAUCCUUGAAGGAAAACUCAAUAUAUAGAUAAUAAUAUAUAAAUUUCGUGUAGCCCAUCCUCAGAUCAGGGUCAGUCUUUGCAUGUGCUGUUGGCAAGUAUAGUGUGCAGACAUGAUGAUCCACAUCUCAGCCUUGUCUCUUGAUCAUCACCAUGGCUGUAAAAUAUGAGCGCCAAACUGAUCAUUUCUCUCUAAUGUCCGGUCUACUGUCAGAAAGUCUGAAUUCAGGAGUUUGAAUCUCAGACUCAGAAGUGAAGAAAAGAAAAACAUAUUUAUCUGUUAGCAGCUCAAAAACUUGUCUCCUCUCCUUGAAUCCUUCUCUCCUCAUCUUUGACCUCCCUCUUCCUCUCUUUCCAUCUAUCUUUCAUGGAGUCUCAUUAAAGAUGCAGUUUCCACUGGCAAGCUCGUGGGGUGACCCAGGCUUAGGGCCUUUAAGACUCACACAGACACACAUGACUAUGCAGAUCUGCUCACAUUGGAUUAUCAGCUGAUUCAUGAAACACAUUUGUUGUUUGAGAACUGUGUGACUUUGAAGUUCUCCAGGUCCAUUUUUCCUCCCUCAUGGAGAGCAGAGAGUACACAGCUUUAUCUGGAGGCAGAGGAGUGUUUCAAGGUGAAACUGGUCCAGUUUGGUCCGGUAGGGAGUGUUUGUUUAGUUAGGAUGCAUGUUUCAAGGCUGACCAUGUUACAAAACUGUUUGUCCAUCUCUCUUUUGUACUGUACGAUCAGCUCCAUCUGUGCUUAGUUUUUCAAUCUACAUGUGUACAUUUCCCCUGAGUCACCGCCUCUACACCUGUGUGUGAGUGACAGUGAUUGACACUGGUCUUUGUACCAGAUAAUACUCUUAAAAGAGACUUCUUAGGGAGUUGAUUCUGCACUUAUUGGACCUGUUUCUCCAGAAGAGAGACGGCAAAGACGGAGAUAUGAAGAGUAAAUAAGAAAAGAGGGCGACAGUGAAAAAGGGGCCUGUCGUCAAGAAACAAAAAGUUACUUCUUGUGGCUUAUCGAGCUUUUUAACCCUGAGCAUAAGAAAAAGACUAUUACUUCUUGUUUUUCUUGAGGGUUUGGCGAGUGUAAGAAGAAUGCUGAGUAUGGUAACCUUUUCAACUCCUCCAGUGGACUGGUGUGAAAGCACUCCUGUUUACAACACUCAUACUUCAUUUUAAAGGGGAUCGCAGUUUUGACCAUCCCAUGAUCAUAGAUAAUUAAGCUUUAAAAUGCAUGCUCCAUAUUGUUUUAAAAUACUUCGCCUAAUGGGCACCAGAAUUACCAAUUAACUAACUCAGAUCAACAAUUCAACACUUUCUACCUUCACAAUGAUUUCAUUAAUUUUAGAGGUUUUUUAACGAGUGAUUGAACAUCUCUGAUGACAAAGUUUGCAAACAUCUUUUUCUCCCUGCAGGUCCCAGGGUGCCCUCAGUCUUUCAAAAUCUGAAUUCAUUGGCAGUGAACCUUUAAUGACUCACAGUUAUUAUAAUUCAACAUGUUUUAUGAGGCCAUGGCGGCUCCAAUUGUGCUGCAACAGCCUCAAAACCCCAAACAAAAAUAUGAACCGUAAUGCAGACUCAUCACAAUCCUGAUUUGAUUUAUGUGAUGAUAAUGAUGCAGCUGAGAACUCAGAGGAGAGCUGGCAGGACACUUUGUUUUAAUGGUGCCAAAUUUCACCUUUUUGAACGCCAUAAAUCCUUCCAGGGAAAUAUUCAUAUUCUUGGAAAAGCUUUUAAAUUUGUUUAAAGGCUUUUAUUGUUAAUAAUAAUCCCACUUUGUGUUGAAAGAUGACAAAUUCAUUGUAUCAUAAAGUAAAACUCCAAACCCGGUUCUUGUCUUGUGCCGCUCUUUUCAGCGUAUUUCAUCAUUAAUCCUCUCUCUGUGUCUCCUUUGUUUUCAGAUUGGCGCCUAUGACCAGCAGAUAUGGGAGAAAUCAGUGGAGCAGAGAGAAAUAAAGGUAUGUUUGUUUUCGUUUGUUUACUCCACAUGUCCCUCUGUUUCUCUUUCUCUCUUUUCCUCUCGUGGUUUCUUUCUCUGCUGAAAUUCCUCUUUGUCACUUUUUUUUUGUUCUGCUUCUCCUCAUCAUCACUCUCCUCUUCUUCUUCUUGUUGCCAAGCACCUUCAGUUUUGUCUCUCACCAUGCUGUCAGCUCUUUGCCAGUGUUUUUCUUUUUAACCCUUUCCUCUCUGCCUCUCUGGCUGGGUGUCACCUACCCACCAUUCUUCCAACUCCUCCUCUCCAUCUUCAUCCAUCUUUUUCCUCCUCCUCCUCCUCUACAGUUUAUUUCUCUGGUGAGUACACAGUGAGGGGAGGACCACCCUCAUGUUGUCCCACAGUGCACGUCUGCUCACCCACCUUGUAGACUGCUAGAUUGUGAUUGGUUGGGUUGGCAGAGUCAGUUUCUGGUGUGUCUAUUAACCCCACUCUGUGUUCACGCUGUAGCAUCACCUCUCUGUGAUUGACUGUAAGACGCAAACGUUGUUUCCUGAGAUUUCCUGAUAGAAAAAUUAGGACCCUGGGCAGUCGUGUCCUCAUUGGCUGCUGUAGUGUGAACACACAGCUGGAUUAACAUGAGUCGUGUUAUCAGUGUGGCAGUAAGACAGUGUUGUUGUAGUAGAUGUAGUUUUGAACACCAAACAGAGAGAAAGUGCUUUAGGGUGUACUCAGAACAAAGAGUCAAAAGAGACAGAACACAAACCAUGUCAGGGUCAAAGCAGAAUAUUUGAGACUAUAGACUGUAUACAGAAUGGACGCCAUCUGCCUCCUCGGUGGGUGAAGCCACUCCGAGAACAGCACCCUCUGUUGACGGGCUGCAGUAUAGGUCAUAAAUCCCACCUCCGCCAGCAAAGCUUAUGGAGCUGUGGACAAACUUUAGAAAUUUAUUACACAGAACAUAAUUUUUUCUCCCCCCUGCUUGUGAUGUUGACAUGUAGUUACUGUAAGACUGGUUUGUGCUCAAGCUCUCUUAUUUCUGUGAAGCUUCGUUUUUAAAAGUUAUUAGGGGGUUCAUGUUUUCCAUGAUUGACACCUGAUACAGCCUAUGGGCGUUCAGGGAUUGCGUAGCUCUACUGGGGGAUGCGCUGUUUGAGCCGAGCGUCAUCACAGCAACUCUCAACGACUUCGCGCCCAAAUGCGUGCAUCGCUACUGCGCAGUGCUGGUUUCAGGAAAUGAAGAAAAAUCCCAGAAAUACCGAGAGCUUUUUGGCUUCAAAUCCGUAUACAGGCAGUAGGCGGAACCAAGUUGUCCAUAGUAUAUACAGUCUAUAUAUGAGACCAGUCUGUUCUCUGUGUUAGUCUGGGAAUAGGUGAAAAAAUUCAGGUCACGCUUCCGUCACUACAGGAAUGUGUGAGUUCAAGGCUGUUCUGCUGUAACACUUAACCAAGUCAAGAGCCUUUUCACCCUGUGAUUCAGAAAUAAAAGUCUGUUUAGUCCCACAUGAUCACACUUCACUCUGCCUGUAACAGACUAUUUCUUAUUUAGUGGUGGUUAUGUAUAAAAAUGUACGAGCGGCGCCAGUUUCACCAACAAUAUUGGUCCUGAAGGUUGAUACCUUUGUGAUUACCAACUUUUGAUGCACACAUAUUGCACCCUGUUGAACUUUUAGUACUAAUGCUGUUUGCAGCUUCUUCAGUAUCUCCGAUUGUUACACUGAUGACUUUUCAGGGAACUGAAAGAUUUGUUGUUUUUAACUUUUGAAAAAUUGGCUGCACAUGUUUACAAAAAAAAUCAAGUUGUCCACCUUUAACACCUCACAGGAGCUUUAAUUUGUACUAAACUGCUUUGGGUCACUUUGUGGGUCCUGACAGGAGGUCAGUACUGCUUGUGUGAGAGUCGUGGUAAUCAGAGCCUCUCCACCUGUCUCCUGCAGCCUCUCACCUUUGACCCUUUAAAGAGAACAGCUCCACUCUCUCUCUACUCAGAUUUAAUGACAGAUUUCUUUUAAACCUGGCUCUCUCGGAGUAAAAACUCUUACAUUGUUCUUACUGCAGUAGUAGAUUUAAUUCUAACUAACUGAAUUGUACACGCUGAUGUUUAAUUAGCCUCUAAUGUCCCUCCUCCCCUCUUACCCCACCUCUAAUCCUGUAAACAGAGGUGAGAGUCACUCUCUUUAAUGAGCUCAAAGUCCACUCUCUCUCUCUGUCUGUCUCUGUCUCUCUCUCUCUCACACACACACACAAAUAAACAGUGCUGUGACCUUGGCUCCUCAUCUGUCACACAUAAUUGGUUUCCCAGAGUUUGUCGCUGCUGCAGACUGAGCUGAGUUUAUUAUACGCGGGUAUAGAUAGAAGGUGUGUCCCACUCUCAACCCUCCCAGAGUCAAUUACAGUGUUCACAACCUCGUAAAACCCAGAUAGGCACUUUAAAUAAAUCUUCGUAAAACAAGAGCUCAGCUCUCUCUAAAAUGAAACGAGCUCCUGCUUUGAAACGUCAGAUGCUUUUUCUACUUGAGCUGCUUUUUUAGCACCUUUUCUUUGUUUAUGAAAAGAUAAACCUCAAAGCUCGUUUGUCUGUGGCGACUUUUUGAAAUAAAAUAAAAAAAUAUUUUUCCUUUUUUUUUUUUUUUUUUUUUUUUAACUGCUGUAAUUUUCUAAGAUGGCGUAAAUUUUUUAUUUUAAAGUAAACUUAACAUCACAUUUCAGCCUGUCAUAACAGAGCAAACACUAUAAAGGGCUACUUGUUGCCACCUGCUGGUUUAAAUUAAAACUACAACCUGUACUGGUGCAUUAUGAGUUUAAUUUUGAAUUUGAACACAUGACAUUUCAAGUGUGUCACCAAUAGUGUAGCAGGAGCUAAACUGGAGUUAAAAGCAUUAUUGAGAGCAGCAGAAAUCAGGAAAAUAACAGUUACAGGAGUUUAUUUCUCCAACAGAGUAUUUAAAUCAAUGACUGGCAUAUGUGACUGGAAACAAAACUGUAGCCUUAAUGAGGUGAAAUGCAAUCACAGAAAGAUGUAGAGCUAUGAAUAGCACCGUGAUAAAAAAAAGAGAGAGAGCUGUGGCCAGACAAGAGGUCUGUGAAGGACUCAACUCCAGCAGUAAAUCUACUGCUAAGAGGAAGCUAUCGAUCAGUUUCUCCCAGCCCUGCAGGAGCACACACACACACACACACUCACACAAACACAAACACACACCCAGGUCCACCCAGUUUACUCUCAUGGUUUCACUGUCUCUCUCUCUCUCACUCUCUCUUGUGCAUGCUCUCGCUUUCUCAGCGUAUUGGCUUAUUGGAUGUGACAUUUAGAGAUAAGAGUCUCCAUCAAGUGUCCCCCUAUCAAACCACUGACUGAUAACACAGGACCUGAUUGGCCUGUGUGUAAAUAUUAGCCUGAGCCAGCCUCGUUCAAGUGGACGGCUAUGUGUGUCACUGCUUGUUGUGACUCACACAGAUAAAAUGUGGAAGUGUUUCAAGGUUUGGAGGAGCUUAUUAGGUCUGCUGAGAGCUUUGUGUGUUUCACUGAUACCUGCCUCUAAGCGCUCCUACUGAAAUACUUUGAGGACUUAGAUUUGACAAUAUGAUUGCAACUAGAGAUAAUUUUCUCAAAAUAGACAAAUUGAGAUAUAGACAGACAUCAUUUGUUGAAGAAUAAAGUUCAAAUUUUAAAACAUCUACCAAAAAGGUACAAACAAAAUAUUUAUAUCCAAAUGCAGAGUUCAAGUUCAAUCUCCAAAUCCUCACUUUAACUAUCUGUUUGAAAUAUACUCAUGGUACUCAAUUAAACAGCCUCUUAGCUCGUGACCAAACUGCACAGACACAUGAUUUAAAUGAGCCAUUGUUAAUAGACUGUGUGUGUGUGUGUGUGUGUGUGUGUGUGUGUGUGUGUGUGUGUGUGUGUGUGUGUGUGUGUGUGUGUGUGGCAGCUCACAUGUACACACUGCGGUAACAACCAUGUUUACCCACAGUCAUUAAAUGAAGCCUCUAAAACCAAGCUAUUGUCCAGCAGCUCCCAUUGUCUGUGAGACAUUAUUGUACCAAACCCCACACACACACACGCACGUGCGCACACACACACAGAGUCAACAGCCUUUAUUGGUUCAUAUGUGUUUUAUUUAUCUGCGGUCAUUUACAUUGAAUGUUAUUUUUGAAUACAUGCAUGGGAGCUCUGAGUUUUUAUAGUUCAUCUUAAUAUUUCUGCAGUUUCCAGUCACAGCUGACUCACUCGCUCUCUCACACACACACUCACAAACGUGCACUCACUUGAAAAGUGUGCGUCACAGGAGGAAGUGAGUGGCAAGUAAAGGAAGUGAGCGUGCCACGGUAGAGCUUUAAUCUCAGAGUGGAAAACUGCAGAAACCUGCAGAAAGCCUGGUGUCUUAAAACUUUCAUAUUACAAAGAGGAGGGAGGAACCGAAAGGUUGUGAUACACUGUUUUGUAAAGCUGCUGGUAAAGACCUGCAGGGUUUUGAGGGAUGCUUUUUUACUCUUUAAAUUAAAGGUACAGUGUGUGGUAUUUCAGUGGCUUUUGGCUGAAGAGACCUGGUAGAAAUAGAGUGAAAUAUUGAAGUAUGAUUAAAUUAGUAUAAAAUCACCUAAAUAUAAUUCAUGGCUUUUGUUUUUGUUAACUCAAAUCUACAUAGAAGCUGGUCCUCUUUUACAGGGGCUGUUAACCUGCACGGACAUGUUUCUACAGUAGCUCAAAAUAAACAAACUAGUACUAUUUGCGUUUUUGUAUUUAGGUUGAAAGACAGAAGAAGGGAGUGGUUGUUGUGCAUGAAAGAAUUUGUAUUGAUAGAUGUAUUCAAUGUUAAAAACUUUACAAAUGGAGGAUCAAACUUAUCAUGCAGCUCUUAGGGCUUUUUGUCCUGAAAGGCUGCUGUCCUUUCAUAGACAGAAAUCUGUUUCAAAGAUAAUGAACUCAUACAAGCUUAAUAUAGCAGAUGUAAGUAGAUGCUUUUGCUGUGAACUACAAGACUGAGUCAUUAGCUGUGUGAGCCUGAAUGCACGGUGUUCCUCCUCAAACACUGAGUGUGUGUGUUUAUGAAGACCUUAAGUGCACGAGAAGCCUCCAGUAGCUGAUUUUGAGUAAGUGUGUGUGUGAAUUUGUGUUAUUUCCUGCGUUGACUCUUCGCUCUCUGCCUCCCUCUGCAGGGCUUGAGGAACAAGCCAAAGAAGACGGGACAUGUCAAACCGGACCUGAUAGACGUGGACCUGGUUAGAGGUAAGAGAAUUGUUUGUCUGUGUCCAUCAAGCUUAUUAGAUUACCCAACACACUUCCUGCUAAGACCUAGACCAUCAGACACACGCCACCAUUCACGCUGAGGUGUACCUGAGAUGCCAAUGCUGCUGUGCCAGCCUCUGACCUGUCGCCACCUGUCCCCGCUCUUCUUCUCCUCAUCUCUCAACCAGGCACUCUUAUUUCACCACCUCUGUCUCACAUUCAUCAGGGUUUUAAUUAUUUAUCAGAUUAGUCAAAUUUUUCUUCAUUGUUAAUUUACGUUGCUGCAAGACUAAGAGAUAACCAAGGAAGAAAUAGAAGAAGAGAAACAGAAGGAGGAGAAGAGGUGAAAAAGAGAAGGACAAAGUUGUUCUUAUGUAAUGUGUAUUUCCUCUCCCUGCCCCUGCAGGUUCGGCCUUUGCCAAAGCCAAACCAGAGAGUCCGUGGACGUCCCUCACCAGGAAGGGCAUCGUCAGGGUUGUCUUCUUCCCAUUCUUUUACAGAUGGUGGAUCCAGGUCACGUCCAGAGCCAUUUUUCUCUUACUCCUGGCUCUCUAUCUGCUGCAGGGUAAGUGUGAGAUGAUGUUUCUCCUUUACUCUGCAGAGUCAUCCCAACAUUUACCGACUGAUCGAGGCUGAAUUGAUCUUAAGUUUAUAGAGAAACGGGUACUGGACAGUGUUGUUGUUUUCCCCUUUUUUUCCACAACAAAGACGUGACGUUGACGAGCUAAACAUAAGUCUUAGAUGACUAAAAUGUGACGAGACGAGAGUUGCAAAAAAUAAUGAGCAUUUCGUCAGUCAAACGUUACACAUAUAUUCUGCAGUGUUUUUUUCGUUGACGAUGACGUUGACGUUGAUGAAAACAACACUGGUACUGGGAUGUAGGGAGGCUACAUCCUGCCUUUUAAGGUGAAUACACAGCCAGGAAAGAGGAAAGAAAUUUCUAAGACAGAGAAUAUUCAGCAUAUUAUAUUCAAUAUUCUGUAAAAUUACAGAAAAUUCACAGGAAAAGUGAAAAAUUCCCAAAGUCCUGAAAAUUUCCAAGACAAAUCAUCAGCAAAAUUCCUGAAAGAGCUUGUAGGAAAGUCUUUUUAAAGUUGGCAGUCUCCCAACAUUUCCUGAAAUAUUAUUAAAAAUUUCCAAGAAAAUUUAGGUAAUUCAGGAAAAUAACUGAACAUUUCCUGGCAUGUUUCUCAAGAGUUCCCCCCAAAAUUUCAGGAAUUUGCCCAGACAAAUCCUGAACCCAAGGUGAGCAUUAGUGCAAGGACUCAUUCAGUGCUGUCAAAGCUUUUUGUUUGUCCUGAUAUAUAAAUUCAGGUGAAAAUUACUCAUUUGUUGUUGCCGACAUGGGAGCAGUCACUUCAGUGACAAAUUCAUCAGAGAUACUUUCCUGUGUUUGUUAAAUUUUAGUCAUUGUGUUUAUCUUUCACUUUGGGCCUCGCUGAGAUAAAUAUCUUGAUCAUUUUGAAGCUCUGAUUCUGUCAUUUCUUUCUCUGUAGCCUGACUUUUAUGACACGGCUUAUUCCCUCUCCCUCAGUUGCAGCAGCAGUCCUGUAUGUCAGCAUCCCUCAGCCUCAUGGGAUUCCAGCCACUGAGGUGUUUGGAGCCAUCUGGCUCAUGCUGCUGCUGGGCACCGUCCACUGUCAGAUCGUCUCCACUAGGACACCAAAACCUGUGUCCAGCAGUGGAGGAAAGAGACGCAGGUAACCAUGAGGGACAUCAAAAAGAGGAGUAUUUGUAUGAGAAGGAGUGAAUAAAAGAAAAAGAGAGAAAUAGUGAGUGAAACAGGGGUUGAUAGAUCAAACGAGAGAUGAAAGAAAAUGAAAACAGACAUGAAACGAAUAGAUACAAACAGGAAGAGAUAAAUGAAGCUUAAUUAUCGUGGAGAUAUUUUCCCACAAGUUUAAUCUCAGCUUUGUGACUUCAGCUGGAACUAGUUACACUUUUAAAACUGCAUGUAACAUCGAGUCACAGGUUUUAACCAGAAUAUUAGUCUCUAAUAGAGGCUUUUUUUUAUAUCCAGCUGAAGUUAUUUGAUUUAUGACUUUCCCCUUCUGAGUAGACAGCAAACAUCUCCGUGAUGAAUGAAGUGUUAUCUGUUAAAGACAAACAUGUAUAUGAAAGCAGACAGCAAGUUUAUGAGAGUGUUGUGUAGUCUUUAGACCUGCAGUUUGUGUUUUUUUGUUUGCCGUAUUAAAGCUUUUAGUGUGUGGCUGCUGUUUGUGGUUUCUAAAAAGUUGCUGAGACACUUUUCAGACUCUGGACAGAAAGGGCACAGCUGCAGAAAGGACUUUACAGGGGGGAGAGCUGAAUUCAGAGCGCUGGGUAGCGGGUACUAACCGAGUCUACCUCAGUUCUCCUAAAUCACAAUCUGUUAAUUCACACGACUCUUCUUGUCUUUUCUUUUGAACUGACAUUUCAUACAAUACUGAUUUUAGCAGAAUUAGUGGAUGACGGCAGCCUCACGAUCCAGCCUGAUUUUUUUUUAGCGCAGUCUUUUUUCUUCUUUUCUAAACGAUAGAAAAAUAGCAAACACAUCCAGGUUAGACUCUGCUGCAGUUUCAAACCUUGUUAGUCUGCAGGUCCUCUCUCUAAGUCUUUCUCCACCCUCUAUUCUUUCCAAACUGAAGGAAGUUGAGGAAGGCAUCUCAGAUGGAGGUGCAUAGGGAAGGCGACGGGUCUAGCACUACCGAUAACACACAGGAGGGGGCGCCACACUCCCAUUCAGCCAGCACCACAUACAGCCUGGGCGCUUUCUUCCAAGAUUUCUGGCAUGAUAUCUGUAAAGCUGGGUGUGUAUUUACGUUUCCUGAUCUCUUAAAGACGACAGUAUGUGAAGAGACAGGCUGGGGUUCAGUUCAGGACAGGAUCAGGAUCUUUUAAGUGUUAUGUCACUUUGACUUCGAUAUUUUGUCACUGUCUAUUUUUGAAGUUAGUCAGAAACUGAAUCCCAGCCUCUCUCAGACCUAACCUGGGCUUCUUCAGCUGCAACAUCACUUCCUCUCCUCAUCUCACUUCUAUUUAACUCGACGUCUCAAUCUACAUCUCAGAGGGCUCUUCAUUAGCUGAACACUUCCUGGUCCCUCGUUCCAAAAUAACAUUGGCAGUAUUUGGUGAGGAAGAGGUGAUUUUGAAGCUGAUUCUAAUGUGCACAACUCAGUCAAGCUGGGUUCAGAGGAAAGCACGGGGAGAGGUUUUCCACUGGAUAGAAACUCUGAGUAGAUCUGAAGGUGGGACUCUUUUAUAAAGACAUUAAAAAGUCAAAAUCCUGAUGAUCACGUCAGAAAACUUCUCCCUAAGCUUGUUCUCUGAGCAGCUUUCAGCAGACAGCAACAGUGUGGAACAUUUCUGAGCUCUUUGUAACUCAUAUACUGAUUCAGUAUCACAAUUACGAUGAAUCGCAGUCGGUGCGAGACAUGUCCACCUCUGACACUUCAUCGUUCUCUUCGAUCCGGUCAUAACUUACUAGACUGUGUACACCCCUUAAAUUUACCCAUAAUUCCUAUUUGUGAUGAAUUUGUGCAUUCAAGUAGGUUACAGAAUAAAACCAUCAGGCUGCAGGUGCUACACUUAACAAAACUAGAUCCCCCUCAUUCAUUCAUUCAUGUGUGUUUACAGUUGUUCAAAGUAACCCUCCAACCCUCCAAAGUAGAUGUUCUUUCUAAAGUGUUCCACAGUGUUGCGCUGAAUGCAUCCUACACGUGUGAUUUAUCUGUCUGCAUGUCUGCUUCUAACCCUGAACUUCAUUACUGCUGAGUUUUCGUCCAAAGAUCUGCUCACUCCCCCCAUCUUUCCCCUCUCCUGUCCUCCGUCAGAUCUAAGAAGUCCAAGCUGUCCAUAGACAAGUCCACAGAGACAGACAACGGCUACGUGUCUCUAGACGGCCGGGUGACCAAUCGCAGCAGCGAGGAGGGUCUCCAGCUGCACGAGCAGCGCUGCGAUUCGCUGAACAGAGCUGACGAGGUGUGCUGGAACUCCCACAUCCAGCCCGCACACACACACACACCCCACAGCACAGGCCUGAUGCUGGCAGGCGGCACUAAGGUGAUCAAUCACAGGGCUGACUUUGACUUUAUCGACUCUUUUAUCAGGGAGCUUUAGAUUCAUUUUCGAUCAAUCAUGUGGCGCUUGACAGAGUUAUGAUUAAUGUUUGUGUUUUAGGAGCCUGUAUCAGACGAGGCGUCCAGUGAGGAGGACCCUGAAGCGUCCUACAGCGCCCUCCGCAGGGGAGUUGAAAGAAUGAAUAGCGACUGUAUACUCAGAAACCGCAAGAAUACGCAUCAUUACAAGAAACACUACGCUGUGGAGGUAAACACACAAAUCCACUCAGCUCCAGUAUAAUGAAAAACACAACUCCCAUGUCUGUACAUGAUCAUUUCAUCAUCCACCAGCCCAGAAACUCAAGAGUGUGAAGACUGAAAACUCUGCAUGUUUCUGUGGUCCACCUCCUGGGAAAAUAAAGCUCUCUCUGAUUUGAAUAAACAGCUGCGGCGACAUAAUGAUGCAGAUUUAUUUGUUUGUGCUCACCACUUCAUCUGGAUGGAUAACACUCACAUUUUAACAUAGCAGUCAGAGACAUGCAGCAUAUACUGCGUUUGCUGUAGUGUUUUUCCACCUCUGCAUGUUGUCUGCAUCCUCACACAACAUUAAAGCAGCCGAUCAGUUCAUCGCCUCAUUGUCACAGCAUCCCUGUCUGCUCAAAUCACUGCAGAGACUCCACAGAAUUCACUUAUGGUGACAAGUUAACUCAAACCUGUUGUGAGAACCCAAAAUAGCAUAUAUGGGACCUUUACGAAGAUCAGAGAUAAGAUAAGAUGUUCCUUUAAUAGUCCUACAGGGGGAAAUUCCAACUUUACAGCAGCAUGGUACAGACACAAAAAGAGAAAUUAAGGAUAAAGAAACUUAAAGUUAAUUUAAGAAAAAGAUAUGUACAUAAGUUAUAUUUACAUGUGUACAGAAUAUACAUAAUCAUAUAAUUUAUUGCACACUGAGGCUUCUGAGGUUACUAUGCAAGAAAUAAAAAAAUAAACAGGUAGAGUGAUCUUUUAUUUACAAUAUCUAAUAUUCCUCUUUUGUGCGUCUUAGGAUGUUCCAAAGUCGGGGACCAGCUGCAGCUCCAGAUGCUCCAGUCUGAGGACUCAGGACUCAGAGAGUACGCGACAUGAGUCUGAGACAGAGGACUUGAUGUGGGAGGACUUCCUGCACUGUGCUGAGUGCAGAUCCUCCUGCACUUCAGAGACGGGUCAGAAGAAAAAAUAAAACAGAAUAGAUUAAAAAAAGUUUGUUGUGUCUUUUGUAGAUUUUUUUCUGCUUCAAAACUAAAACUGUGACUGUUUUUCUUCACAGAGGGUGAAGGAGGAGGGACGCCCGUCUGUCCUCCUGCUAAGAAGGAAUACAGAGACGACCCCUUUCACCAGGUCCGGGAACAUGCUAACAUGAGAAAUGUGGUUUUUCUGGGGGUACAUUGUAAACCUAAAAACUAGAGAAGCGAGCAGUCAGCAACAUUCGGGGGUUUCUAACUCGGUGUUACGGUGUGUUUAUGCCGGAAUAUCCCUUUAAUCUGUGUGAUUUAUUCUAACAGUGUUUAAAUGUCAUUAACGACCUAUUUCAUUGUUCUGUCAUCAGUUUUAAUGUGGACAAAUCAAAACAUGACACUUUAGAUAGAGACCAGGAUUCAGUUGUAGUCUUUUUGAUUGUAAACUUGUUGGGACUCAUUUAAAUGCCGUUAAAAUAACAACCUAAAUAUUUAUCACUCAGCAUGUUGUUUUCUUUUUCCAAGUUCAGUGUUCCUGCAGUAAAAACACAGCUGGGUUAAAGGUUCUUGUUAUGUUUAUCCCCCCCCUCAGGGUCACAUUCCCUGGCUGCACAGCUCCAACCCCGGUCUAGAGAGAGUGAGCGCCAUCGUGUGGGAGGGGAACGAGUGCAAGAAGGCCGACAUGUCCGUCCUGGAGAUCAGCGGCAUGAUCAUGAACAGAGUAAGAUAAGCCACCGGUCGUGUUUUAUCCAGGUGUGUGUGUGUCUGAGAGCUGAGUGAUGUGACCACACUGCUCUGUUGUGUCUCUCCGCCCUCCUGCACAGGUGAAUCUCUACACUCCUGGGAUUGGAUAUCAGGUCUUUGGGAAUCUGGUUUCAGUCACGUUGGGCCUCACUCCUUUUGCGUACAGGUAAUUUUGAUCUAUCAUCACACCUAAAGGAGUAAAGAUUUAACAGACCUGCUUGAAUAUCUAAAUAUACAAAUGUUCAGUAUCGUCUGUUUUUAAUAGCUCUCCUCUCUUGCAGGCUGGCUCAGUACAGAGAUGUGGAUCAGCUGACCACACUCUCGGCCAAUGAGCUGCUGUCUGUGGCGCUGGGAGGUGGGUCUGGAUCAGAUGCCUUGGUCAUCACCAUGGUAACCCUCAGCUUCCUGGUGCGUGUAUGCCUUAUAUGGCUUUUCUUCUUCCUGCUCAGUGUAGCAGAGAGGACCUACAAACAGGUGAGGCAGCGGUAGCUUUCGCUGAAAAUGUGCUCUAGAGUGACUUGUUUUCUAUCUAUCUGAAGCAUGGAGGUUGUUUUUAGCUAAAUGUCCCGUGUGUGUUUCAGAGGCUACUGUUUGCCAAGCUGUUUGGUCACCUGACUUCAGCCCGCAGAGCGAGAAAGUCUGAAGUCCCACAUUUUAGACUGAAGAAAGUUCAGAACAUUAAGAUGUGGCUGUCGCUACGCUCUUACCUCAAGGUAACAUCAGAAUAGAUUUUAACAGCUGUAAUGAGUCAAAAGUGCAGAUCGAGGAGGAAUUUAACUCAAAGGUUGUUUUUUGCAGAGGCGGGGUCCUCAGCGUUCAGUGGAUGUAAUCGUGUCGUCUGCCUUCCUGCUCACUUUGUCCGUCGUCUUCAUCUGCUGUGCCCAGGUAGUUAAAGUGUGACUGCGCAGAUUUGAGUCAAACUUUACCUCAAAUUAAUUCAACCUUUCUGCAGUUCAUGCAUGUAAAUGGGCAGAAAACAACAUCUAUUUACAUUUCUACAUGGAGGAAUCAAAACUGUAUACCCUAAAUUAAAUUAAAUUUUCACUCUAGAAAAAAAAGCUUGUUUAUGCAAAAUUGGAUCUAAUAUCGUUGAUGCGCUCAUCUCUCCUCUUGCAGCUGCUCCACGUCCAUGAGACGUUCCUGGAGUGUCACUAUAACUGGGAGCUCGUGAUCUGGUGCUCCAGUCUGUCUCUGUUCCUGCUCAGGUUCGUCACUCUGGGCUCCGAGACCAGCAAGAAGUACAGCAACACCUCCAUACUGCUCACCGAACAGGUAAAAACACCGUCACAGAAACGUAAACUACAUGAAUUAUUGGAGCAGACAUGUUUUCAACAAAGCCUUCUGUUCAUUUCACAGAUUAACUUGUAUCUGAAGAUGGAGAAGAAGCCGAACAAGAAAGAGGAGCUGACGCUGGUGAACAAUGUUUUAAAACUGGCGACUAAAUUACUCAAGGUGAGGACCGUCCGCUCAGGCAGAAAAGUAAAAUCUUUGCUUCAAUAUGACAGUUCUUCACAAGUUUGUCUCUCUGUCUUUGCAGGAGUUGGACACUCCUUUCAGGCUGUACGGUUUGACUAUGAACCCUCUGCUCUACAACAUCACGCAGGUGGUCAUUCUGUCCGCCGUGUCGGGAGUCAUAUCUGACCUGUUAGGAUUUAACCUCAAGGUGAGGGAGACACACACUUAGAGGUUUAUGUUAUCAUGUCAUUGCUUUAACUAUACUGGCAUUAAUGAAUGAGAAGCUGCUGACAGAAAUCAUCAGAUGAUAUAUGCAAGCAAAGUUCAUCAAAACUAAAUGAACAUAAAAGUUUGCAGACUUGGGUUUCAGGCUUUAAAACUACAGUAUGAAAAGUAGUCUGUCUUAGCCUUGAUGGUCUUGUUUGCUUUUGCAGAUCAUAAAUAUCCAUAAGUAUGAAUUUGGGUCAAUUUCAUGACCAUCAGAAACUCCUCACUGGAGCUUUAAUGUGGCAGUAGGCAUAAAGCAGUUAACUGAACCCAGACGAUGAAUCUAGAGAGUCCUACUUUUAAUUGAAUAUAUUUUUACAUAUUGUGAUUUAGAGAGCUGGUAUCUGAUGAUGAACUGACUCUCCACCUUACUGAGGAGUGUUGUGUUCUUUGUUUUUGCAUUCACAGCUGUGGAAGAUCAAAUCGUGA